AUGUCCGCUGCAAGUUCAGUAUUUGCGAUACGCCCCGUCCGCUCUAAAGAAGAUCUCUCCGCGGCCAUCGCGCUCAUUAAAGCUUAUACGGGGGGCCUGGGCAUUGAUCUCUCCUAUCAAGACUUCGAAGCUGAAAUGGCCUGUAUGCCGGGCAGCUACUCACCGCCGUUCGGAGAGUUACUCAUCGCCGUAGCAAAUCAGCAAGAGAAAGAAGCAUCCCAAACCCCGGAUGACACUCCGCAAACGCUAGGGUGCAUAGCUCUUCGCGAACUCCAUCUACACGGGCAUGGAAAUAUUCAUGGACGUGUAAUACCCGUACAACCGCCGGCACAGGAGGAGGAAGCCUCCCGUGUCACCUCCCAGUUGCACGUUGGACCUGUCGGCGAAGCCGAUGACGGUAAGGCUCCCGGGCCUACAACUCGUAAACCCGACACCAAAUAUUGCGAGCUGAAGCGGCUCUACGUCACGCCAGCGGCGCGAGGAUUGGGCGUUGGCAAGGCGCUGGUAAACUCCAUGCUUACCGUUGCAUAUCGGAUCGGAUAUGAAGAAGCUUGGGGUUUGGGGCUGUAG